CUCCACAGACCACGGGCAACUUGCCGUCGAUACCGUCAUCAUGGUGGUGGUGGAGAUGGUGGUGCUGGGUUUCAAUGGCCACUUGCCACGUGGCAGUUCUAGAUAGAUAGAUUCUCUGCCGAUUGCAGACGUACGUUUCCCCUCGUUGAUUGAUUGACCAAUCCACAAAAUGAACGUGACACAACGAUACGAAACAACCUUCAAGGGGCUGCUGUUGUUGAUUGCUUCGUCCGACCUGCAGCGCUUUCCUCUUCGGCUGGUUGAUUGAUUGAUUCCUGUUCGAUCGAUCGAUCGAUCGAUCGAUCGAUUAAUUGAUUGAUUGAUUGAUUGAUUGCUUGCUGGAUUGAUUGAUUGGUAUAGAUAAAUAAAUAGAUAGAUAGAUAGAUAGAUAGAUAGAUAGAUGGAUAGAUAGAUAGAUAGAUAGAGAGAGAGAGAGAGAGAGAGAGAGAGAGAGAGAGAGAGAGAGAGAGAGAGAGAGAGAGAGAGAGAGAGAAAGAAAAGCAGGCAAAAGAAGAGGAGAGAAGACAAGGUAACAGAGACAGGCAAAAGGUGGUAAGGCAGACGUAGAAGAUGUCGGUGGUGUUGGAGAUGGCGCUUUCGUCUCUCACGCAGAUGGCUGUCGAGCAAUUGAUAAUGAGUGUGCUGGGCGCUGGGAAUAAGUUUUUCCUCAUCAACAAAAGUUGUAAGCAUCUUGCAGACAGCGUCCGACUUCUGCUGCCGAUGAUUAACGAGCUGAAGACAGCGGCCAUGUCGGAGCCGGUGGAGGAGUACAUCCUUGAAGUCCAUCACGCUCUGGAAAAUGCACGCAACGCGGUGGAGGAGGUGAAUCGGUUGAAAGGCAAGCUGCUGGGGCCCAUAAAAGCACUGAGGCUGAUUUCCGAAGCGACGGAGAAAGUCCAACGAGUCCUUAGUCUCUCGCCUCUCCCCAGCAUGGCACUCACGCACAGGGGGUUGACGAGUGUCUUCUCCGCCCAGGAAGAGACGCAGAAAACCUUGCUGAAAAUGAACGAGAAGCUGAGCAACCUGGGAGAAGCAUUGCAGGAGAUGUUCGCCUUACCCAAGUACAAGGACCCUUCACUCUACACCAAGACCUUCAGGGACAACCUCCACGCCGUCGAGCUUAUCCGGGAGCUAACUCAGGAGCUAACUCACGAGCUAACUCAGGAGCUGACUCAGGAGGAGGAGAUCGGCGACCAGCGUUACGACACAAUAACUUAUCCUCAAGACGGAGGUGGAGGUGGAGGUGGAGGUGGAGGAGCUGGAGAGAAGCAUCCGAUGCCCAGCGAGGUUUAUUGUUGAAAAACGACGCUGGUGUCGGCUGUACAUAACCUCAAGGCUAUUCACGAGCAUUUUGACGGAGGUGUAUUCUGGCUUACAGUCGGAAAACAUCCUGACCUUUUGACACUGCAAAAGAAUUUGUGGAGGAGAUUGGUCAAGGGACCUUGUCCAUUCAAUAAUGGUGGUGAUGCUCUGACGGAGCUGAGGAAAAAAUUGACGGAGCGGAGAGCGCUGCUUAUCUUGGAUGACGUGUGGAGUGAAAACCACAUCAAAUUGUUGGAUGUUGUUGAUGUGAAAGUCGGGAGUAGGAUUUUGAUCACCACAAGAAACGAGGAUGUGCUGAAGCAUCGAGAUAUCGAUUUUCCGUAUCGAAUGUCCGAACUGGAGCCGAAAGAUGCACUUGAGCUCUUCUGUUUGCAUGCUUUUGGUUCUCGUGCUCCUAAGGAGCAUCUAAUCAAGGAAGUUGAAGAUAUCUGCAAUGAGUGCAAGGGGCUGCCUUUGGCAAUCAAGGUGGUGGGUGCAAGCUUGUAUCUUCAGCCGCACACGGAGUGGUGCGUUGCGAAGAAAAAACUCUCUGAGUCCAAGAGUCUUAGUGGAGGCCAUAGCAAUGAGGUUUUGCAGCGUCUCGCUUACAGUUACGACGCCCUGGAUGAGCUCGAUGAUCGCCUGCAAGACCUUUUUCUUGAUUUUGCGGCGUAUCCUGAAGGCUAUGACAUUCCGAUUGAUGUGAUUCUCGACAUGUGGGCGGCAAAUCCCAGAAGGACCACGUAUGAUGAAGCCGUGUGCCUGCUGGGGCAGUUGGUGGCCCGCUCUAUGGUGAGUCUGGGUGAUGGCACUUGCAAAGUCCAUGAUGUGAUGAGGGACAUGGCACUGGGUAUAAUUCAUGAUGAACUGAGGAAAAAGGAGGGACGAAAGAGGUGUGAUUCGGCAGAUAUGCUCACCAAAAUGGAGCGACUCUUCCUCUCAGGGGCGGGCUGUUCUCUCAAGGAUUUUGCUAAGAGAAACACUCGUCUGAAUGCAGUGAAAAUCUCUGUGCAUAGUGCCGGAAUCGAUGAACUCCCAUCAGAAGUCCGUGUGCCAAAUCUGGAGGUGCUGCUGCUCUGCGAGAAUCGAGAGUUGGCGCGCUUGCCUCCUUCAACAUUCAAAUCAAUGCAGCUGCUACGGGUUUUGGACUUGAGUGGCUGUAGCUCAUUGAAGACCUUGCCUCCUGUAUUCAACGUGCUCGUGGAACUCAUUGUGCUGAGAUUGCGUGACUGUAAUAAACUGCCAAACCUUCCGUCCGGGAUGGACGCGAUGCGUGAGCUGCAGGUUCUCGACCUAAGAGACUGCUGCUCACUUCGACUCCUGCCGUUAUCCAUUCUAAGGUUGAAAAAACUUCGAGUGUUAGACAUCGGCGGGUGCUCACAGUUGAAACCGACAAUUCCCCGCUCCCCGAGCUUCAUAGAUUUCCUGAAAUGGUUACCGCCAACGAAAGACGGAGGCAGUCUUUCCCUCCUCGAGAUUAUCACCAUUAAACUAGUCUCGUUGGAGGUUCUAUCUGUUCGAGGCCUUGGAAGAGACACCUGCCCUGCCAUUCCGCCCUCGAUAUCUAUGCUUCAGGACUUGAGGGUGUUGGAUCUGUCCUCGACAAGUUUUAUCGAGGUGCCGGAGGAGGUGUGCAUGUUGGGCAAACUGACGGAACUCGAUCUUCGCAACAGCAAUAUUAGGCAGUUGCCUGAGGGACUGAAUUGCCUUGAGAAGCUUCGCAGGUUGGAUCUUUCCCAUUGUGCCAGUUUGCAGUACAUUCCACGAGGAAUUGGGUCCUACAGCACCCUCCGGAGACUGGAGGUUCUCUAUCUGCAUUGCUGUCCACUCCUGCGCUCUUUACCCGAGCUUCGGAGAGGGUCCUUGCCUGUGCUGAAAAAGCUCCAUCUGGGCGGUGGAUUGACAGAGUUGCCUGCUGGCAUAUGCUCACCAGGCGUGCUUCCUGAGUUAAAUGUGCUUAUGCUGUCCAAAUGUGAAAUUGAAGUGUUUCCACAGGUGCAACCGGGUGCACUUCAAAAGCUUAUGGAGCUGAGAGUAGAGGACUGCGACCAGUUGUUGGAACUUCCAGCAUCUCUGGGGCUUCUUCCGGAGCUCCGAUGCCUCUCAUGUAAAGGCUGCAAACAGAUCAGAGGGUUGCCGGAUGCAGCACAUCCGGGCGCUCCUGGCUUCCCUGGGAACAGGCCUUGUGGUGCGCUUUUCCCCAGAGUGGAGCGACUAGAGAUGAGCUCUCCGUCAGACGCACUUGGGAUGCUUCCGUCGUUUGGAGAGAAUUAUAUGCCAGACCUAAAAUUUGCGGAAAUCCGAUGUGGAAGGCUGCGUUCGCUUCCUCCGUCAACAUCGUCUUGUGCCUGGCUGGUUAGCCUUGAUCUUAGGGCAUGUGGGCUACUGACUCGUCUACCUGCAGAGCUUGGGCGGAGGGACUCUUUGCCUCGCUUGCAGGAACUGAACCUGACCUACUGCCGCUCCCUGGAGAAGUUGCCUGAAUUUCAAGAAGGAGCUCUACCGAAGCUGAUCUCCCUGUUGCUUGAUGGAUGCAAAAAGCUACGAAUGCUCCCUGAGUCACUGCAACACCUGCGGUCUCUCAGAAUGCUGUCGUUGGAAAAUUGCAAGAUAAAUACACUCCCAGCUGCUGUGAAAUGUGGUAUGCUGGAUGGGCAGAUCAUUGUCGUCGGACGGAAUGCCAGCAGCACGGAGUCCUUGAUUGCUUGUGAGCAUCAGUGGACGACGAUACUCCAAGGCAUGAUCUUUGUGCCUACGGAAGCGCAGGCAGACCCGACACCGGCGGAGGCAGAGAGAAGUAACCUGGCUAACUUGCUGCUGGGCAUGAUGAGAGGUAUUAUGUGGAAUAAUACACUGCUGCAUUCACAUCUGCGCACGGACGCGACGCAGCGACAAACAUACAAGAACGAUAUGACUGCGUUAACAACUGCUAUCCGCACAGAGGCAACGCAGCAGCAGCAACAGCAUCAUCUGUUGAAUUCCACUAUCACACGCGUCAACAGCAUAGAGGCUAACGCCUCAGCAGCGCCAGGCUGUACGACAGACGUGACGAAGCAACUCAACGAGCGCAUCGAUCACGUCGUCACCAUCAUCGGCGACAUAAGUACUUUCAACGGACCAGACUCGAUCAGCAGCACGGUGGCCGCCAUCAAGACGGACAUCACCAAGCUACAGACGAGACCGGAAGCCGCUACAAAGACGUUCAAGAUGCCGCACUUCGACAUCAGCAAGUUCGACGAUUACAACAAGUCGGACGCCUUGUCAUGGUGGCAACGCUUCGUCACGGAAGCAUCAUGCCGCAUGGUCCCGGCGGACGACAUGUUGAAGGCACUAUAUCUGCAGCUGAUUGGAGGAGCGCAGGGAUGGAUGAACCACCUARCRGCUAYACACAAGUGCACUAUCGCCGAACUCCACACGCACAUUACGUGGAAGGAGUUCGAGCAGCUAUGGUUCACCAGRUUCAUGGUCCGCAACGUCGUGAAGAUGGCCAUGAACGAGGUCUACACAUGCUCUCAAGGGAACAUGCCAACGCGAGACUGGGCAUCAAAAUGGCAGAAGAUAGUGACCACGCCAGGCUUCGACUUGACGUUCCCUAAUCAACGAUCCGAGUUUUUCUCGAGAUCGUGCGCAUGAUUGCGGUCGACACUCGGCAACGAGUACGACUAUACUACGUUCCAGGCCAUUCUGGAUAGAACGAACUUAGUCGUCCAAACGGACGACAAGGCCGCUAACGAGAGGCAGUCCCAGCAACUAUGGUUCACCAGGUUCAUGGUCCGCAACGUCGUGAAGAUGGCCAUGAACGAGGUCUACACAUGCUCUCAAGGGAACAUGCCAACUCGAGACUGGACAACGAAGUGGCAAAAGAUAGUGACCACAACAGGUUUCGAUUUGACAUUUCCAAAUCAACGAUCCGAGUUCUU